GAAAAAAAAAAGACAAAAAAAAAAGAAAAAAAAAGAAAAAAAAAUGGAAAAGAUGAAUUGUGCGUGGAUAUUGAUGGUGGUGGCGAUGCUGGUGGCCGGAAACCAGGCGGCGGAGAUUACGCUCUCGAAAUACGGCGCCAAGGCUGACGGCAAAUCCGACGACAGCACGGCUUUGUUGAAUGCGUGGAAAGAUGCAUGCAACGCUGUUGGGGGGAGCAAACUGGUGAUCCCAAAAGGGACGUACAUGUUGGGCCCAGUGAAAUUCUCAGGCCCAUGUCAGGGCCCAAUGAUAAUCCAAGCUAUGGGUGCGACGUUCUUGGCCCCGGCCGACCCGGCCAAAUUCAAUGGCCAAAACGGUUGGGUUCUCUUUCAUAUCCUCAAUAACUUCCAGCUCUUGGGCGGCACUUUCGACGGCAAGGGCCAGACUGCGUGGCAGAAAAAUGAUUGGAAGGGCGAAUCUUGUCUCAAAUCCGGAAAAUGUUCUUCCAUACCCAUUAACUUAUCGUUUUAUAAGAUCACGAAUUCAUUGGUCCAAGGCACAACCUCUGUGGACAGCAAGCAAUUCCACAUGAACUUGCUCCACUGCGAGAACCUGACCCUCAACCAGGUGAGUAUCAAGGCCCCGGCGGACAGCUCCAACACCGACGGAAUCCACAUCGGACGGUCCAACCACAUCAACAUCACGAACACCAACAUUCAGACGGGCGAUGACUGCAUCUCACUAGGGGACGGCAGCCAGGAGGUGGACAUCACGAAGGUGCGGUGCGGGCCCGGCCAUGGCAUCGCCAUCGGGAGCCUUGGCAGGUACAACAACGAGGAGGAGGUGCGCGGGAUCCGGGUGAGGAACUGCACGCUGACCAACACGAUGUACGGGCUGAGGCUGAAGACGUGGCCGUCGGCGCCCCAACCGGGGGUGGCGCGCGAUCUCAACUUCGAGGACAUCAUCAUGAACAACGUGUCGACGCCGAUCCUGAUCGACCAGGAGUACUGCCCGCACAACCAGUGCAACAUGAAGACGCCGUCGAAGAUCAAGAUCAGCGACGUGACCUUCAAGAACGUGAGGGGAACCUCGGCCAGCAAUGUGGCCAUGAAGCUGCAGUGCAGCAAGGGGAAUCCCUGUCAGAACGUCAAGCUCGCCGACAUUAAUUUGGAGUACCGUGGAACUAACGGCACCGCCACCUCCGAAUGUGGGAACAUACAACCCACCACCAGCGGGAAGCUCUUCCCGCCGCCAUGUGCGGUCAAGUCCGCCUAAACCCUAGCUUACACACGCACACUUUUCAUUUAACUAAUUAAUAGAUAGAUAUAUAUAAUAAGACGCAUCCAUCCAUCCAUCCAUCCCCUUUGGUUGGUUGCUGGUUGGUGAUGAUUGAUUGCAUUGGCGUAGGAUUUUUGUAAAUUUUAUACUACUUGCUAGUUGUAAAUUGUUAUAUUCAAAAAUAAAUAAAUUUAUGUAAUCAAAUUUUUUUACGUCCAA